GGGCUCUCCCUUUGCUUGUAAAUAAAACCCUUAAAACGCUCUGGCUUGUUUCUUCGCAGUUAAUUUAUUUUGUACACGGGGGGAUAGACAAGGAGGAACGGGCAGGCAGGCAGGCACUGGUACAAGCUUCCAGAGCUAGCACGCAUGCGCAUACAUCAUUCUGUGCAGGACGUAACAGUGCUUCCGGACUUGCGUGCCCCGCCCUUUGUGACUCCUUCUCAGUCCGCGCUCGUUGCUAAGAAACCGGAAGGAGCUGUGGCGGCGUGGCCUACAGGCUUAGUGUGUGGAAGGAGCCCAAGGACCUGAGCGUUGCCUUGAGGGGAUGAGUCUGAAAGCGCGUGAACAACAGCUAGCCAGUUGAAACAGCAAAAACUACCAAAACCCUUAUGAAGCAGCUCCGUGGAAAUAAGUCUGGGGGUCAUCCCCAAAAGAAGCGUUCUUCUGAUAAAGCCAUUUGCACCCCAGCAGUACAGACUUCAGAAGAAAGCAGAGAGGUUACCACCCUCAUUCCUCAAAUGUUGGCUCAAAAGCGAUCUCUGCAAGGCUUGAGUGGCACGAUAGGUGGAACUGGAGAAAGCACUAAUGAUGCUAAAAGACCAAAGCUGCUGCCUUCAGCAAAUUCUACUGGCCAGGAAUCCGAAGAUGAUGAUUCAGAUGACAGCGAUUUUGAGAGAGUUGAGAACGAUAAUGAUAUCAGUGAUGAAACGAGUAGCGAUGAUGAUGAAGAUGACGACAACGAUGAAGUUGGCAGUGAUUCCUCAAGAAGCAGUAAUGGAGACUCAGAUUCAGAAGAUACAACAAGCAGUCCUCUGUCAAAGCCUGAAUUGACAAAAGAAUUAUCUUCAGUGUCUUUUGAGGAACUGCUGAAGCUAAGAAAUACGGUUGGGACCAAGGCUUAUCAGCGGAUGGCGAUUGAGAAGACAGCAAAAAAUACCACAAAACUGAAGAGGAGGCAGUCUUCAAAUAAACACAGCCCAUUGGAACUAUCAGCCAAGAAGCCGGUCCCCUUUCUGCGGCAAGUGGUGCCUGUUAAAAAGAAGGUGCCUCGAGACCCACGCUUUGAUGACCUUUCUGGGGAGUACAACCCUGAAGUGUUUGAAAAAACAUAUGCUUUCUUGAAUGACCACAGGAAGAAGGAAAAAGAGAUGGUUCAGAAGCAACUGAAAAAAUGUCGGAAUGCGGAACAGCAAAACAAGCUGCAACAGCUCCUAAAACGUAUGACACAGCAGGAGGAUGCUCAGAAGAAACGCGAGAAGGAGCGAGAAAAGGACCUUGCCUUGAAGAAACAGCAGAGGGAGCUGGCCAAGCAAGGGAAGAAGCCCUUCUAUCUUAAGAAAUCUGAUAAGCAGAAAUUGGAACUAGCUGAGAAGUACAAGGAGCUAAAGAAGAGUGGGAAGCUGGAGAACUUCCUGAGCAAGAAGAGGAAACGAAAUGCUGCUAAGGACAAAAGGAAACUGCCUUCCAGGAAGAAUUUGUAAUGUUUAGCUAUGCCUUGGCGGGGGGUUCAGAGCUGCUGCUGAAAGUACCAACACCAUGCCAGGAGCAUUUGCAUCUUCUGAACAAAUGAGAAUCUGAGCAAAUUAAGCUUCCACCUCUGAAUAUGCCUCUCAAGGGUGUACUUUUAUUCAGCCACAGAUGAGAAGGAGAAGAUUUGCAUUGCUCACCCAGUUUCUUCCCCUCUUUCUUCCAGAGGACAGAACCAGAGCUUAGCACAGAGAAUUGGAGGGCUUUACAAGGUUCUGUUCCUCUCAUGAGGUAAUAACUUUUGCCCACAGCCUUUUCUCUUCCCCUCCCACAUAGCCUGUACAGACUUGUGAACUCCUCAAGUCUUCUCCUUCCUACCUUUCUAGGGUCGCAUAUCUUUUUGCUCCUCUAGCUCAUCGGGCAGUACAUAUAUCUUUUUGCUCCUAUCUCCAAGUGUUUCCUAGCUCUCUUCCAGCUGUUUUCUUUCCUGGGCUCUAUAGGAACCAACAGACUCCUCCAUUAUGCAGAAUUCUUUGGUUUCUCACAUAGGUAUUGCAUUAAGAAAAACCUUCCCUAAAAUAGUAACACUGCCAUGCCUACAGCAUUCCAUCUGGAAGAAAGAAAUAUAGCAUGGGGAAUUCAGUCUGUUGGGAAGGUUUGUAUAUAUAUUUUCCAGCUCACUCAGAUUUUGGCUGAGGAUGACUGCUUUCUUUCAUACGAAUGUUCUGCAUUGGACUGGAAAUUUCCUAGAAAUUUUGCACAAAAGUAAUAGGUUGCAGUGUACCGUUAAUAGCUUGUAUUUUGACACGGUUCCUUGGGUAACUGGUAGAAUGUUUUGUAACAUUUCACUGAACAUAUCUCUUAAGUAAAAUUUUAAUAAAAUUGAACUUGGUUUUC